AUGAACAAGGACAGGUGUGGUGAUUGGUAUGUAAUUGAGAUUUGUGCUUUUUGCUAAGACAAAAACAUGCCUCCCCUUCCAUUUGUUUCUUUCAUUCUUCCACUUUCAUUUUCCUCAAACACCAUUUCUCCCUUCUCCCUUUCUCUUCUCUUCUCUUCUCCUCCUCUCUUCAUCUCUUCUCUUCAUCUCUCUCCUCUCUUUUACCUUCUCUCUCACACUUAAUUCCACUCUCCUCGCUUUCUCUCCUCUCUCAGGUGCAUCGUCUGUGAUCAGUAACGAUGACGACUCAGCCUCUCCUCUCCACCACGUGUCCAACGGCAGUAACACUCCGUCCUCCUCUGAAAUGGGCCCAGACGCCGUCAUCAUCGGCAUGACCAAGAUCCCCGUCAUCGAGAACCCUCAGUACUUCCGCAGCAACAGCAUGCUUAAAUCAGACACCUGUGAGUAGUACAACAAGACCAUGGCUUACACACACACACACACGCACGGAGACAAGUAUGCGACACCCAUAUGAAUGGCUUUCUUUCACCACCAGUUCCUUUCAAUGGGUAACAACAUAUUCUGACCAGACAUAGCCUACUAUAACAAAAUAGACUAACUACGAUCACGGAUAUCCUACCAACGGGACAUUAAAAACUGUAAUAUCUUAUGUUUUACCCGGUCGUGACUGAACGAUGACAUGGAUAACAUACAGCUGGCGGGAUAUACGCUGCAUCGGCAAGAUAGAACAGAUGCCUCCGGUAAGACAAGGGGUGGUGGUCUGUGUAUAUUUGUAAAAAACAGCUAGUGCACGAAAUCUAAUAUUAAGGAAGUCUCGAGGUUUUGCUCGCCUGAGGUAGAGUAUCUCACGAUAAGCUGUAGACCACACUAUUACCAAGAGAGUUUUCAUCUAUAUUUUUCGUAGCUGUCUAUUUACCACCACAAACCAAUGCUGGCAUUAAGAUUGCACUGAAUGAGCUGUAUAAGGCCAUAAAUCAACAGGAAAACGCUCAUCCAGAUGCAGCGCUCCUAGUGGCCGGGGACUUUAAUGCAGGGAAACUUAAAUCCGUUCUACCUAAUUUCUACCAGCAUGUUAAAUGUGCAACCAGAGGAAAAAAAACUCUAGACCACCUUUACUCCACACACAGAGACGAGUACAAAGCUCUCCCUCGCCCUCCAUUUGGCAAAUAUGACCAUAACUCCAUCCUCCUGAUUCCUGCUUACAAGCAAAAACUAAAGCAGGAAGCACUCAUCAAUAAGGAAGUGGUCAGAUGAUGCAGAUGCUAAGCUACAGGACUGUUUUGCUAGCACAGACUGGAAAAUGUUCCGGGAUUCUUCUGAUGGCAUUGAGGAGUGCACCACAUCAGUCACUGGCUUCAUCAAUAAGUGCAUCGAUGACGUCAUAUGUACAUACCCCAACCAGAAGCCAUGGAUUACAGGCAACAUCCGCACUGAGCUAAAGAGUAGAGCUGCCGCUUUCAAGGAGUGGGACUCUAACCCGGACGCUUAUAAGAAAUCCCUCUAUGCCCUCCGACGAACCAUCAAACAGGCACAGCGUCAAUACAGGACUAAGAUUGAAUUGUACUACACCGGCUCCGACGCUCGUCGGAUGUGGCAGGGCUUGCAAACUAUUACAGACUACAAAGGGAAGCACAGCCGCGAGCUGCCCAGUGACACGAGCCUACCAGACUAGCUAAAUUACUUCUAUGCUCGCUUCGAGGCAAGCAACACUGAAGCAUGCAUGAGAGCAUCAGCUGUUCCGGAUGACUGUGUGAUCACGCUCUCCGUAGCCGAUGUGAGUAAGACCUUUAAACAUGUCAACAUUCACAAGGCCGCAGAGCCAGACAGAUUACCUUGACGUGUACACCGAGCAUGCGCUGACCAACUGGUAAUUGUCUUCACUGACAUUUUCAACCUGUCCCUGACUGAGUCUGUAAUACAAACAUGUUUCAAGCAGACCACCAUAGUCCCUGUGCCCAAGAACACUAAGGUAACCUGCCUAAAUGACUACCGACCAGUAGCACUCACGUCUGUAGCCAUGAAGUGCUUUGAAAGGCUGGUCAUGGCUCACAUCAACACCAUUAUCCCAGAAACCCUAGACCCACUCCAAUUUGCAAACCGCCCCAACAGAUCCAAAGAUGAUGCAAUCUCUAUUGCACUCCACACUGCCCUUUCCCACCUGGACAAAUGUGAGAAUGCUAUUCAUUGACUACAGCUCAGCGUUUAACACCAUAGUGCCCUCAAAGCUCAUCACUAAGCUAAGGACCCUGGGACUAAACACUGGAUCCUGGACUUCCUGACGGGCCGCCCCCAGGUGGUAAGAGUAGGUAACAACACAUCUGCCACGCUGAUCCUCAACACGGGGGCCCCUCAGGGGUACUCAGUCCCCUCCUGUACUCCCUGUUCACCCAUGACUGCAUGGCCAGGCACGACUCCAACACCAUCAUUAAGUUUGCCGAUGACACAACAGUGGUAGGCCUGAUCACCAACAACGAUGAGACAGCCUAGAGGGAGGAGGUCAGAUACCUGGCCGUGUGGUGCCAGGAUAACAACCUCUCCAUUAAUGUGAUCAAUUACCUCGACGAACAUGUGCCCCCGCACAUUGACUCUGUACCAGUACCCCCUGUAUAUAGCCUCGCUACUGUUAUUUUACUGCUGCUCUUUAAUAAUUUUUUGUUAUCUAUUUUUUACUUGACACUUAUUUUUCUUAAAACUGCAUUGUUGGUUAAGGGCUUGUAAGUAAGCAUUUGACUGUAAGGUCUACACCUGUUGUAUUCGGCGCAUGUGACAUACAAUUUUAUUUGAUUUGUAGCGAAGAAGAGUAACCUGCAGACUAGGAGAUCUCAGGGGAUCUGAGUGCUGAUGUGACCAUGAAUCUGUUACACCAACACAUAUUUUAGAUGCCAUCUAAGAACCCACACCUGAAUGUGCGUAUGCAUGGGUUGCCAUAGCAACACCAUCUCUGCUGCUAUGGAAAUGGCCUUGGAGCUGCUGAUAAAAUGUGUUGAGUGGGACAGGACGCGUUCUCUCUCUCUCUCUGUGUGUGUGUGACAAACACACACAAACACACGAAGUUGUACAGACUGACAUUUUAUUUCAAAAAAUUUAUUGGCUGGCCUCCCGAGUGGCGCAGCGGUCUAAGGUAUUUGGAAUGUUAUUAGGAUCCCCAUUAGCUGUUGCAAAUGCAGCAGCUACUCCUCCUGGGAUCCACACGAAACAUGACAUAAUACAGAACAUGAAUAGACAAGAGCAGCUCAAGGACAGAACUACAUACAUUUUUUUAAAGGCACACGUAGCGUACAUAUCAAUACAUACACACAAACUAUCUAGGUCAAAUAGGGGAGAGGCGUUGUGCUGUGAGGUGUUGUUUUAUCUGUUUUUUUAAACCAGGUUUGCUGUUUAUUUGAGCAAUAUGAGAUGGAAUGGAGUUCCAUGCAAUAAUGGCUCUAUAUAAUACUGUACACUUUCUUGAAUUUGUUCUGGAUUUGGGGACUGUGAAAAGACCCCUGGUGGUAUGUCUGGUGGGGUAAGUGUGUAUGUCAGACCUUUGUGUAAGUUGACUAUGGAACAAUUUGGGAUUUUCAACACAUUCAUGUUUCUUAUAAAAAGAAGAAGUGAUGCAGUCAGUCUCUCCUCAACUCUUAGCCAAGAGAGACUGGCAUGCAUAGUAUUUAUAUCAGCCCUCUGAUUACAAUGAAGAGCAAGAUGUGCCGCUCUGUUCUGGGCCAGCUGCAGCUUAACUAGGUCUUUCCUUGCAGCACUCGACCACACGACUGGACAAUAAUCAAGAUUAGACAAAACUAGAGCCUACAGAACUUGCUUUGUGGAGUGUGGUGUCAAAAAAGCAGAGCGUCUCUUUAUUACGGACAGACCUCUCCCCAUCUUUACAACCAUUGAAUCUAUAGUUUUUGACCUAAAAUCUCCAAAAGUCCCCACAAACAUAGUAAAACAAGGACAAUUUUCCCUCGUGGGGACAUUUCCCACCUCCCCAUGAGGACAAAGGAUAUAUUAAAAUUAAGGGUUAGGUUUAGUGUUAGGGUUGCAAUUAGAGUUAGAAUUAGGGUUAGGAGUUAGGUUUAGGGUUUGAGUGAGGGUUACAGGUUAAGGUUAUGUUUAGUGUUAGGGUUAGGGUUAUGGUAAGAAAAGGGUUAGGGUAAGGGUUAGGGAAAUUAGGAUUUUGAAUGGAAAUUAAUUUUAGGUCCCCAUGAGGAUAGAAGAACAAAUCGUGUGUGUGUGUAUGUGUGUGUGCACGUGUGCAUGUAUGUGCAUGUCUGUCUCCAGUUUCUUCUCCUGUCUGGGUCAAUGGAGAGAAGGCUGUGGUCUGACUGGUCUCUGCAGCCCCAAAAAAUAGAUUCAUAAAAUGUCAGUCAAUGACACUCAAUACUGUACAACUUAGUAUAUGUGUGUGGUCGUGUGCGCGCGCAUGUGUGUCUGUAAAUGUGGUAUUCACUUUGAUGAGGAAGAGAUAAACAGUGUAGGUAAGGUAGUCUGUCAGGGGUGUGGGUGUGACUCUAAUAUCUUAGAAAAAUAUCAAUGGCCUCCAUUAGUUUGUCCAUUUCAUUAGAGUGGACAGAGCUCAUUAAGAACGGGAGAGACACAUACACACACACACACACACACACACCGGCUGAUAGACACACUCACAGAUACAAAUGCACUGUCAACUUGCAUGUCUUGCAACUGAAAGACUAAAGGCCGGCGCAACAGAGGUUUCCUCCUUUGCUAGUGCAGUCUACUCUUCUCUCAACCCCUGUUUCUUCCUCUUGUUCUCUCCAUCCUGGUCUCUGGGUUUAGAAGGAUUAACAUUGUACUGGAAAAUUUGAUUCACAAAUGUAUUUUUACCAGGAUGUUUACUUGCAGAAGGGCUGUCCUCCUGUGGAAAUUCUCCCAUUCACCCAUGACAUCAGAACACAGGGACUAAAGUCUAAAGCCAACCCCUAUCCCACCAUCCAGAAGUGAGGCUUUGGAAAAGCACAACUAGUUAGCUGAAACUAGAGAGGAUGAGAGACAGUGGAAGGGGGGUGGAUUUGGACAGGGAACAUGCCUCUUGUUGACAUGUAUAUAUUACAUACUUACAGAGAAUGAUAAAAGAGUACAUGUGUAGAGUUUGGUUGUGUAAAUGUACAUUUACUGUACAUUAAUUGGCGGUAAUUGUUGAGUUGUAUGGAUGUAAUGGUUGUAAUGGUGAAAAUAAGUGAGUUUUAAAUUGAAAGUAUUUGUGUAACCAUGCUAUUAUGUUUGGGAAAGAAGAUAAUUAGUGAGCAAUGGUAACGAGUUGUGGCUUUUGUGGAUAGAUGUUCUGGGAACUGUGGGAACUUACAUGUAAUUAAUUCCCUGAGCUGUUGUUUUGGCAGAUGUGAUGUCAUCAGGUUCACACACACACAAAGCUGUGCUCAGGUCUUGAGUCUGUAUGUGCUGGUCUAAUGGCCUAGGCUCUUUCUCUCCCUGUCUCUUUACAUAAUAUUGGGUUAUGGUUGUCAGUAAGUUAGUGCAGAUCGAUGCAGCUUCAAAGUCUAGCCCUCUGUAAUGCAAUAGCCUGAGUGGUGAGCUUUCCUUCAAAUGCAUUUCUUAAUCAGAUCAGAAAUAAAUCUUGAUGGUUUGUGUCCGGGUCCACUAUUUUUCUCUCUGAAGACAGUAACCUGCUGAUGAAUAUGUUUUGGUGUUCUCCACUUUCCUCGCGCUGUAGAGGGAGGCCAGGGUUGAGUUAAGUGGGUGCAGAGCAUCUACAGUAUAUGGCUGCAUGAAAACCGCUCUGGGAGAAAGCACUGGGAAAAGCCUGCUACUUUAUUACCCCCAGCCUGAUCUCAGCAUUUGUUCAGUCAAAAAUCUCUGUUUCAAAUAGACUUUCAAACAUACAUUUUUGAUGAUUCUCACUAUAGUAAAACUCACUUUCAGUUGAAAAUACAGUGAUUAGACAAUACAGCUCACCACCAUAAAUAUAAAUAAAAUAGUAGAUAGAUAAUUUGGUGCAACCAAUGAUGGCUCCCAGUCCCCUUAUCCAACCAUCAGCCAUCUCUUACCAUCUAUGAUACAUCCAUUUUAGGAAGUCACACUGAUAUCCGUAAUAACUAGGUUCUCUCUGUCUUGCAGUUGUCCAGCACAUCAAGAGGCACAAUAUAGUGCUGAAGAGGGAGUUGGGAGAAGGGGCAUUUGGCAAGGUUUUCCUGGCCGAGUGCUAUAACUUGUCUCCUGAGCUCGACAAGAUCCUGGUGGCUGUCAAGGUAACACUGCUCAUUACUGUCUAUCACAACCUACUGUAGGCUACAUUGUUUGGCCAAUUUCCAAAUGGACUCCUAACCCCUAACCCCCUAACAGUCCUGUAGGAAAAUCUGCCAAUAGCAUGCUUCCACCAAGAAUUCCAGAAUUCCAAGUCUGUGGUGAAACGAGAUCUUAUUGGAGAGUUUUCAUAAAAAAUACAUGACAUGAUGGGAAAGAAACCCCCUCCCCCUGACUUCCUGUCCUUUCUGUGUCCCACUGUGGGACUCCCACAGUAUUCUAAGUGUGAAGUGGGGCUUUUCUGUAUAUACUAGCAACCUGCCAUUGAAGAUGAUAGAUGUGACUUGGCACUUUCCAAGUUGCCGUCUCUAUGGUCUAACAUACUCAUAUCCACUAAUGGUAAUGGUUUUACAAGAAAACAUUGGACAGGCAUGCAGCAAUAUAGGCUAGGCUACCAUGUUUAUGGAAAAAUACACAAGGGAGCCAUCGAUCAAGAUACAGAACAGUAAUAUUAGUGAUAUUAGCUAAUGCAUUGGCAGUCAUGAAAAGAUGCUAGAAGUCACACAGGCAAUCAAACGCACCAAUGUCCUCGCGGUCAUACAAUAUCAUAGGUAAAUCACGUUCAGGGGUGAGUUUCCUGAAAGCUAUGUGUGAACAAACUUCUACUGUAUGUGUGAACAAACUUCAGAAUUCGUAAAAAGAAGCACUUCAAUGUUGGGUCAUUCGUGCACCGGCGUGCAGUAGCCCUAGACUGCCUUGCAGCUCCCAGGGACUGCCAUGCAGCAGAGCGCAGAAGAACUAUCAGCCCACGGAGAGAAGCACAAGAUUGAACUUCACUCAACUUUCUAGAGUUUUCCCUGUUAGUUAACACUAUCAACGUUCCCCUUUACUGUGGCAAUUGUGAUCGAAUCAACGUAAUAUUAGCCACAUUCAGUGCAACAUACUGAAACAAAACAAACUAUGCAAGAGAUUUUGUUGUAGGCAGAACGCAUCGGACUAGGAUUCUAUUGUGCAAGACUCAUCCUGUACUCUACACAGACCGGUGCGGCAUAACCAAUCAGAGCUGCAGAAGGCCUAUAUUCAAAUAGACCAUUACCAUAUAUGGAUCUCAGUGGAGAACGGCUCAUAAUAAUGGCCGUAACGGAACAAAUGGAAUGGCAUCAAACACCUGGGAACCAUGGAAACCAUGUGUUCGAUGUAUAUGAUACCAUUCCGCUCCAGUCAUUACCACGAGCCCGUUCUCCCCAAUUAAGGUGCCACCAACCUCCUGUGAUGGAUCUGUGCCAUUUACUUUGAACUGGACUGUGUUUACAGCUGUGGUCGUGAGUAGAUGUGCUUGUUUUGAGAUCAAAGCAAGAGCUGCAUGUAGCACAUUUCAUAUCCUUUGCUAGUUAGUGAGCUAUUAGCCCAGUUAUAGAUAAUUUGUAGUCAGCAAUAGGGGCGUAAUUGCUUCCUACAAGAGCACAAAACGUGUACAUUUCUAGACAUCUUUGAAAAGUGAGUCAGUUAAAGAGCUUUUUUUGUCUUAAAGGGGCAGUGUUGUAUUUUGAGACAGGCUUGAAUAAGCUAAGUAGCCAAUAGGCAGAGGGUAGCAUAAUUUGUCUGAUUCUCUGUAAUAAUGGUAUGGGAAUAAUAAUGCAUUUUAUUUUGUAAAGUGGUUUCUUGCAUCAAACAAGUGGAUAAACAGGUUAAUGUCAAGCCCUUUUUUCAAAAGUCUAAUGGAAUGUAAGCCUACAUUGAACACCACACAUUGGCAGCUACUGUAGGCUGAAUGGUAGAACAGCUAUUUCCAUGUUAAAAUAUUAUGGGAUGCAUUUUCUCCAUUGUUUUUGAUGGUAGACCACUCUGGUAGGCCUGCAUUAUGAUAAAAAAGCCAGAGUAGCCUACUUGGCCACUGUUAAACUGUAACUUAAAGCAGCUACAGCCUCAGUGUUCACAGUAAAUGCGCGGCAGAAGUUUUACAGAAUUUUCACAACGUUCAGGUUUGCGCUCAGCAGACCUGAAAUUUGUUCAGUGACAAUUUUAUUUGAGGGAACAUUGCCCAAGUCCAUUUAUGUUCUGAUCAUAAUGAUGAGUCCUGUUUCCUGGAAUGUAAUUAGUUGAAGAUGGGGGUGGAUUAACCAAUCUUUCUGGCAUCUCAGUAUUCAAGCUGGGGGUCAGAACAGAGGGUCAGCCUUUGGCUUCCUUAGCUCUAUCCUGUUCCUAUUUGUAAACGGACCCUUCAGUUCUCUGUAAGCACAAAACACCCUAUAUACUCAUAGACCCACUAUCUGUAGGACCAAAUCAAUUAUUCAUUCAGAAUCAUUUCUAUAUAUUUCUGUAGAUAUGAAUAUUGGCCCAUAUCACUUACAUUUCCUGAAACUCUCUCUCUUCAUCCCUCUCUGUUUCUCUCGUUCCUUCUCUCUCUCUCUCUCUCUCUCUCUCUCUCUCUCUCUCUCUCUCUCUCUCUCUCUCUCUCUCGCAUUUGCCUCUGCACUAAAAUCGCUAUGACAGAUUUCAUGAAAAUAGCAAUGAUCAGAACACGAGAACCAACAACACUACUUCUGUAAACAAUGUCACAGUAAUCAAGUAUACACCAUCUCUGCUUGGUCAUUGCCAAUAAGCUAACAUUGUGGGCUAUGGUUAGGUUUCUCUAACUCAUUUUUACUUUAAGUCUGCACUUGAGCCAAAAACAUCUUAUGGCAGAAUAUUACCCUCUCAGUAAACAUUUCUCAAACUCAGUGUGCAUGUAGUGAGUUCUGAGUAAACGUAGGUAGUAACCUUUGUGUGUGUGUGUGUGUGUGUGUUCAGACCCUGAAAGAGGCCAGUGAGAAUGCGAGGAAGGACUUCCACCGAGAGGCCGAGUUGCUGACCAACCUGCAGCACGAGCACAUCGUCACCUUCUACGGUGUGUGUGUGGAGAGCGAUCCCCUCAUCAUGGUGUUUGAGUACAUGAAGCACGGGGACCUCAACAAGUUCCUCAGGUAAACCAUUCUUUGGGCAUGUUCAAAUUAGGCAUAUACUGCAUAAAAGCCCACUAAAUGUUUCAAUAAGACUUUUAAUGACACUGCUAGCUUAUUUUUGGUUAACUUUUUUAAACUCCAAGCACAGAUAGGACAGAUGGAAAUUCAUUUCCUUAGCAUUAAUCAUGCCUAAUUAAUUUUUUAUUGUGACACGGCAUCAGUGAGAUUCAAACCUAUAAUCUUCUGUUCCCUAUUGAUGGAAUUAGUCCACUGCGACACCAGGAUGAAGCUAGCAUGCCAUAUUAAUUUACACAUACAAAGCUGUUCAUUUUAGUCUAUUCAAACAGCCCCCAUUUCAAAGUAAACAAAGCGCUCAAUUAGUGGGCGGCAGGCGCGGCCAACAUACCUGAACACACUUAACAAGAUAGAGGAUAGAGAGAGUUUUGUUGUUGCUGAGAACAGAAUAUAUAUGUUUUUCUCGUUCUCUGAACGUUACUAAAGUUUCCUUGUUGUUUUUAUGGAAAGUUUUCUUAACGUUCUGAGAACGGAAUGUAUAUGUUUUUAAAUAACAUUCUUAGAACGUUUUCUGAACGUUACCAAAGUUCCUUGUGGUUUUUAUGGAAAGUUUUCUUAAUGUUCUCGGAACAAUUUGGAACAUGACUUUAAAUAGAACCAUGAGGAAACCUUUAUGAAACAUUAUGCUGAAGUACUGAAAUUCCCACAGAAGAAUGUUGUUUCCUAACGUUCUUGGAACAAUUUGACAGCAUUACUUUAAAUAGAACCACAAGGAAACCUGUAGGGAAACGUUAUGCUGAAGUACUGAAUGUCCCACAGAAGAACGUUGUUUCUUAACGUUCUAUGAACUAUUUGAGAACAUUCCCAAUGUCAAAUCAGAUGGAGAAUGUUUCUAGAACAUUACCCUCAUUGAAAUAUAAAUGUAACCAUGUUUGAACUUUUAGGAAAAGUUUGGUUCAAAUAUAUAUAUAUAUUUUUUUGUCAAGUUCCUUAAUUACUGCAGUCUUAAACAAAUUUAGUUUGAAACAAAAGUAUACACCUCACACACAUGGUUAUGGUUAAAAAAAAAGAAGACACCUGUACCAUGUCAGAUAUAGAGUUGAAAUAUAUUUAAUUUUAUUUUAUUUAUUUAUAUUCCAUUUUGAGUUUGCAUCCCAAUAUUACACUGUAUAUACAUCACAGAAGAUUGAAAUGUAACAAAACUGUUUGACAUAGAAACACCGGAUUUUAUCGGGUUUUUGGAAAUAAUCUUGAUGAAUUAUGACAUUAUGAAAAAGAUGAAUAACAGUCCACCCAUGAGGCCAAAGAGGGUGAUUUUGGUCAUUUGUAUUUAUUAGGGAUCCCCGUUAGCUGUUGCUAAGGCAGUAUUUGGACCGUCUAAGGCACUUACAUUACACAUAAACAAAAGAUAAAACAGUACAUCAUAUAACAUUAUUACACCACUACAUAUCUACGAUACAAAAUGUAUAAUACCACCAUACAACAAUAUUACAAUGUACAGUGCCUUCGGAAAGUAUUCAGACCCCUUGACUUUUUCCAUAUUUUGUUACGUUACAACCUUAUUCUAAAAUUGAUUAAAUAAAAUAUCAUCCUCAGCAAUCUACACACAAUACCCCAUAAUGAAAAAGCAAAAACUGAUUUUUAGCUAUUUUUGUGCAUCCUGUUUCCAUUAAACAUCCUUGAGAUGUUUCUACAACUUGAUUGGAGUCCACCUGUGGUAAAUUCUAUUGAUUGGACAUGUUUUGGAAAGGCACACACCUGCUAUGUUAGGUCCCACAGUUGAAAGUGCAUGUCAGAGCAAAAACCAAGCCAUGAGGUCGAAGGAAUUGUCUGUAGAGCUUCGAGACUUGAUUGUGUCGAGGCACAGAUCUGGGGAAGGGUACCCAAAACAAUUCUGCAGCAUUGAAGAACACAGUGGCCUCCAUCAUUCUUAAAUGGAAGAAGUUUGGAACCUCCAAGACGCUUCCUAGAGCUGGCUGCCCGGCCAAACAGAACAAUCGGGGUAGAAGGGCCUUGGUCAGGGAGGUGACCAAGAACCUGAUGGUCACUCUGACAGAGCUCCAGAGUUCCUCUGUGGUGAUGGGAGAACCUUCCAGAAGGACAUUCAUCUCUGCAGCACUCUGCCAAUCAGGCCUUUAUGGUAGAGUGGCCAGACGGAAACCACUCCUCAGUAAAAUGCACAUGACAGCCCGCUUGGAGUUUGCAAAACCUAAAGUCUCUCAGACCAUGAGAAACAAGAUUCUCUGAUCUGAUGAAACCAAGAUUGAACUCUUUGGCCUGAAUGCCAAGCGUCAAGUCUGGAGAAAACCUGGCACGAUCCCUAUGGUGAAGCAUGGUGGUGGGAGAUCCUUAAUGAGAGAUCCUUAAUGAAAACCUGCUCCAGAGCGCUCAGGACCUCAGACUGGGGUGAAGGUUCACCUUCCAACAGGACAACGACCCUAAGCACACAGCCAAGACAACGCAGGAGUGGCUUCGGGACAAGUCUCUGAAUGUCCUUGUGUGGCCCAGCCAGAGCCCGGACUUGAACCUGAUCGAACAUCUCUGGAGAGACCUGAAAAUAGCUGUGCAGCGACACUCCCCAUCCUACCUGACACAGCUUGAGAGGAUCUGCAGAGAAGAAUGGGAGAAACUCCCCAAAUACAGGUGUGCCAAGCUUGUAGCGUCAUACCCAAGACGGGUCGAGGCUGUAAUCGCUGCCAAAGGUGCUUCAACAAAGUACUGAGUAAAGGGUCUGAAUGCUUAUGUAAAUGUCAUAUUUCAUGUUUACCCUGUUCUGAGACAAUUGUAAUUUUCCUAAGUCCCUCUUUGUGGCACCUGACCACACUACCGAACAGUAAUCCAGGUAGGACCUGCCUUGUUGAUAGCGUUGUUAAGAAGGCAGAGUAACGCUUUAUUAUGGACAGACUUCUCCCCAUCUUAGCUACUGUUGUGUCAAUAUGUUUUGACCAUGACAGUUUACAGUCCAGGGUUACUCCAAGCAGUUUAGUCACCUCAACUUGCUCAAUUUCCACAUUAUUCAUUACAAGAUGUAGUUGAGGUUUAGGGUUUAGUGAAUGAUUUGUCCCAAAUACAAUGCUUUUAGUUUUGGAAAUAUUUAGGACUAAUUUAUUCCUUGCCACCCAUUCUGAAACUAACUGCAGUUCUUUGUUAAGUGUUGCAGUCAUUUCAGUCGCUGUAGUAGCUGACGUGUAUAGUGUUGAGUCAUCCGCAUACAGACACACUGGCUAUACUCAAGGCCAGUGGCAUGUCAUUAGUAAAGAUUGAAAAAAGUAAGGGGCCUAAACAGCUGCCCUGGUGAAUUACUGAUUCUACAUGGAUUAUGUUGGAGAGGCUUCCAUUAAAGAACACCCUCUGUGUUCUGUUAGACAAGUAACUCUUUAUCCACAAUAUAGAAGGGGGUGUAAAGCCAUAAUACAUACGUUUUUCCAGCAGCAGACUAUGAUCGAUAAUGUCAAAAGCCAUACUGAAGUCUAACAAAACAGCCCCCACAAUCUUUUUAUCAUCAAUUUCUCUCAGCCAACCAUCAGUCAUUUGUGUAAGUGCUGUCCAUGCUGAAAGUCUGUUGUCAAUUUGUUUACUGGAAAAUAACAUUGUAUCUGGUCAAACACAAUUUUUUCCAGAGGUUUCCUAAGGGUUGGUAACAGGCUGAUUGGUCGGCUAUUUGAGCCAGUAAAGGGGGCUUUACUAUUAUUGGGUAGCAGAAUGAAUUCUGCUUCCCUCCAGACCUGAGGGCACACUUUCUAGUAUACUUAAAUUGAAGAUAUGGCAAAUAGGAGUGGCAAGAUCGUCUGCUAUUAUCCUCAGUAAUUUUCCAUCCAGGUUAUCAGACCCCGGUGGCUUGUCAUUGUUGAUAGACAACAAUAAUUUGUUCACCUCUUCCACACUCACUUUCAUUAUUUGGUCAGAUAUACUUGGAUGUGUAGUGUCAGCAGUUGUUGCUGGCAUGUCAUGCCUAAGUUUGCUAUUCUUGCCAAUGAAAAAAUCAUUGAAUUUGUUGGCAAUAUCAGUGGGUUUUGUGAUGAAUGAGCCAUCUGAUUCAGUGAAUGAUGGAGCCGAGUUUGCCUUUUUUCCCAACAUUUCAUAUAAGGUGCUCCAAAGCUUUUUAUUAUCAUUCUUUAAAUCGUUUAUUUUUGUUUCAUAGUAUAGUUUCUUUUUAUUUAGUUUAGUCACAUGAUUUCUCAAUUUGCAGUACGUUUGCCAAUCGGUUGGGCUGCCAGACUUAUUUGCCAUACCUUUUGCCUCAUCCCUCUCAACCAUACAAUUUUUAAAUUCCUCAUCAAUCCAAGGGGAUUUAACCGUUUUUACAGUCAUUUUCUUAAUGGGUGCAUGUUUAUUAGUAACUGGAAUAAACAAUUUCAUAAAUGUGUCAAGUGCAGCGUCUGGUUGCUCCUCAUCACACACCACAGACCAGCAAAUAUUAUUUACAUCAUCAACAUAAGAAUCACUACUAAACAUAUUGUAUGACCUCUUAUACACUAUAUUAGGCCCAGCCUUUGGAACUUUGGUUUUCCUAGAUAUGGCUACUAUAUUGUGAUCACUACCUCAUAUGGAUUUGGAUACUGCUUUAAAGCUAAUUUCUGCAGCAUUAGUAAAGAUGUGAUCAAUACAUGUUGAUGAUUUCAUUCCUGUGCUGUUUGUAACUACCCUGGUAGGUUGACUGACAACCUGAACCAGGUUGCAGGCACUAGUUACAGUUCAACGUUUUUUCUUGAGUGGGCAGCUUGAUGAAAGCCAGUCAAUAUUUAAAUCACCCAGAAAAUAUAUUUAUCUGUUGAUUUCACAUACAUUAUCAAGCAUUUCACACAUAUUAUCCAGGUACUGACUGUUAGCACUUGGUGGUCUAUAGCAGCUUCCCACAAGAAUGGGCUUUAGGUGAGGCAGAUGAACCUGUAGCCAUAUUACUUCAACAGUAUUUAACAUUGAGAUCCUCUCUAAGCUUUACAGGAAUGUGGUUCUGAAUAUAGACCGCAACACCGCCCCCAUUGGCAUUUCUGUCAUUUAUGUAGAUGUUAUAACCAUGUAUUGCUACCACUGUAUCAUCAAAGGUAUUAUCUAAGUGAGUUUCAGAGAUAGUCAGAAUAUGAAUGUCAUCUGUUAAAAGCAAGUUAUUGACUUCAUGAACCUUGUUUCUUAGGCUACAUAUGGUAGUAUGGGCUAUUUUUAGGACUUUUCUGGGUUGCUUGAUUGUUUUUAAUGCUUUACUGGGAAGCUUAUCAGAAGUAGACUUGCUCACAUUAUUUGUAUUGGAGCUGAUAGUGCACGGUGAGCUGCACACAGUGGACUUCCUACUAGGGCACUCCGCCUCAGUGCUAACAGUGUAACUCUAGUUCAUAGGCACAUGAUUACUGCAUACAAUAGCUGUAGGAUCAACAGAGGUAUUCAGGGCAGUUAGGGGGACAUACAUUAAGUUACUUACAUUGUGUCUGCCAAUGCCCCUAGGAUAAUGUACAUUUGAUACAGCAUUAUGACAACUCAGCGUCACAAUGGUAGGGAUUAACUGAGCUGGUCUUGGGUCAUUGAUAAGUCAUUGUCUCAACGCAGCCUUGAAAUGCGUGGACAGAGUCCAGGAGCCAAGAUGAUUUGGAUCGAUUCCGUCAUUCCUGUAGAGUAUCUACUGUUUCCAGAAGGUGUCAAAGUUAUCUUUAAAAGUGAUUCCAACAGAGCUACAGCAAUCUUUUAGCCAGGUGUGUAAUGCCAAUAGCCAUUGACUGCAGAAAAGGGCUACAUAUGCUGAGAAUGUUCUAAGCCAAGCAACUAUCCUGCACCAUUCCUAGGAAGUUGUGGGAAAGUUGUAUGCAAAAUAACAAUAGAACAACCAUGCUCUCACUAAGUUCUAAGAAACAUAUGGGAUGUCACAUUUCUGGUGGUGAUUUGUAAUUUCAAUGUAUUUUCUCUCCCCUCCUCUCCUUCUGUAGGGCUCACGGUCCCGACUCUGUGAUGAUGGGUGACGGUCCGACAAACCGACCCGUGGAGCUGACCCAGUCCCAGAUGCUGCACAUCGCCCAGCAGAUCGCUGCAGGCAUGGUUUACCUGGCCUCCCAGCACUUUGUCCACCGAGACCUGGCCACACGUAACUGUCUGGUGGGAGAGAACCUGCUGGUGAAGAUCGGUGACUUCGGCAUGUCCCGAGACGUGUACAGUACGGACUACUACAGG